AUGCCCUCUGUCCCACGUUCUGUCCAAACAGAAACUCGUAAUUUCACGAGGAUCAGGCGAUUCGGGAAUUGCUGAAAUUUGUGAAAUGUUGCUAAGGUAGACACAGAAACCAAGAUUUGAGCACCACAAGUAGUCUUCUCGUGAUCAGGAAUUCCUUAUUGUGUACACAAGGCUUACAGCCUUCGUCCCAUUAUCUAGAGCAACGGAAAACCUUCUCUGCCGUAUUUUUUUCCCUUGUAGCGUCUCGAAUCUCCUUGAAACACGACCUGAUAAAGUCAGGCUCACGCCUUAGCCCUUGAUAAGAGAGUGAAAUGAUCUCCAGAAUGAGUGGAGUUUCCAGGAGCGGUGGAAUGUCCAAGGUCAGAGAUGUGCCCAGGAUUAGCGACGUCUCGAGUGGACAGAAGAGCAGACUCGCAGCUGCGCUGAAGGUGCUUCUAAUCGGAGAUAGUGGUACGUAAAAUCCUGAGGACUGAAAAGAUGCCCGGACUUGACUUGCUGAAACGCCAAUUAGACCUUCAAACCGUAUGGUUCGGAACCCCAUAACCACGUGUUUUGGUACCCCAACCCACGUGGUUCAGAGCCCCAAAACCACAUGGUUCGGAGCCCCAAAACCACAUGGUUCGGAGCCCCAAAACCACAUGGUUCGGAGCCCCAAAACCACAUGGUUCGGAACCCCCAAAACCACAUGGUUCGGAACCCCAAAACCACGUGGUUCGGAACCCCAAACCGCAUGUUUCGGAGCCCCAAAACCACAUGGUUCGGAGCCCCAAGACCACAUGGUUCGGAACCCAAAACCACGUGGUUCGGAACCACAAAUCAUGGUUAGUAGCCACAAAACCCUUGUCCAUGGCGUAAUGAUGAUGCUUUGAGCUCACACGUCCGCUCCAGCAUUCUCCCUUGCUGAAAGUUACACUUCUCAUCUGAAUCUAAGUCGUAACGAUGCUGAAUCGUCUCUCCGUUGUGCCACUCUCACCUUUUUCUCUCUUUUAUUCCCCAUUUGAAUGAAAAAAAAUCUCCCAAUAUCCAUUAUCUCCACGGACGGCCCAUGGCAGCGGUGGGAAGAGCAGUCUGCUGCUUCGCUUCUCAGAGAACGACUUCAGACACGAUCUCACAUCCACGAUCGGGGUUGACUUCCUGAUCCGCACGAUGGACAUUGAUGGGGAGAGAGUGAAGGUGUCCAUCUGGGACACCGCAGGGCAGGAGAGAUAUCGCACCAUCACUGAAGGUACUAAUACUAGAGUAUGAGGUCACCGCACUGUACCAAGCAUCACUGAAGCUGACCGCUCCGCACCAUAAAUGGGACACCGCAGGGCAGGAGAGAUAUCGCACCAUCACUGAAGGUACUCUACAUGCUCAGUCAAUUCCUUCCAUCACUAAAAGAGCUCUUACAUGCUCUACUUGGGCCUACUAACCGCAAUGCACACGGCAUCCUCCUCAUUUACGACAUUACAAGCAAGUCAUCUUUUGACAACGUGCGAGGGUGGAUCCGAAGCAUUGAGGAGCAUUCCACAAAAGGGGUGCGAGUCACUCUCGUUGGCAACAAGGCGGAUAUGGACGCCCAUCGGGUAAUUAGCAAGGAACAAGGGCAGCAAUUAGCAAGCGAGUUCAGAGUUCCCUUUUUUGAAACAUCAGCUAAAGCAGACAUCAACGUCGAUGACAUUUUCGUCUGCAUUGCUCGCGAGAGCAAACGUCUUUACGAUGAAACACACUCACUAAAUGCUGAGAAACCAACAUGUGUUAAUCUCCAAGGUGCAACCGUACCUGCCCAAGUCAUUUCCUCUCCUGUUGUGCUUAGGAUCGUAGGUAGGUGUGUAACAAAUUUAGCUAGGUGAUGUAUAGUAUUGAUUAGUUGCCAAUGCUAGUUAUGAUCGAGGCCAGAAUGUUUUCUAUCCUGAUAGCAUAAUUGUGUUGUAUUCAUUCUUACAAUCAAUAAAAGGACAAAAC